AAAAAAAAUGUAUACAAAUUAGAACCUAAGAUAUUUUUUAAAAAACAACACUGCUAUUUGAACUAAGGUUGGAUAGAGUAAAAGACAAUACAUUACCACUUUAAGCUUCUCCAAAGUUGAGGCUUAAACCAUCUCCAAUGGUUUACUAUAAAAUAGAGUAAUUUUAUAAUAAAAUUGAUUGUUGAAGAAAAAAUUGUGUGAUGAACAGAAAAUAAACAAGUUAAUCUAUAUUGAGUAAACCUAUUUUUACACUAUUAUAGAUUGAAAUAUUUAAUUAUUACUUUAAGCACUAUUUUAGAAUGAAAAAUAAAGUGGAUUUGGAAAUACGCUUAGUAAGUAUCUAAUAAUUUUAGAAAGAGAAAAAAAAAUACAAAAUUGGGAGAAAUAAAACACAUAGGUUCAGAGCAGAUAUAUUUUUGCAACUGUUUCAGAUACUCAAAAUCACAUUUGCUUUUCAUCUAUUGGUCCAUCUAUUUAAAAUAAAUUGAUAUCAAUAAUAUCAAUAGAAUAUUAUUAUUUUUAUCUUUUUAGAAACUAAAAGAGUUUCUUCGCAAUAAGGUUGAUCUUAGAAACGGUCACCUUUCAAAUAUGAAAUUUCCACCAAAUUUCCCCGCCAUAUUAUAAAUAUUUGAGAAGCUUUCAAACGCUACCAAGUUCAGUUGACCCUAAAUAUAUUAUUGCUGUAAUUUACAUGUUGUUUAGUUUUUAGACUACAAAUUAAGUUUAUAUAACUGUUUGAGAAAAGCUAUAUAACAUGCGAUUGAUCCAUUCCAUUUCCAACCAAAAACGGGUGGCAAAACUGAAUCGUUUUCCAGUACACAAACAGAUAAAAUAUUUUUUGCAUUUGAUAUCCCUAACAAAUACAUGGACACCGACGUCAACAAUCACUGCGUUUAUAUCAGUUUUGACAACAACGACCAAUCAAUCUCCUCCUUCAUCAACUACCUCAAAGCUACUUUCAACCACCAUGGGAUCUAUCAGCUCGAUGAUCAAAGCGAUCGGUUCGCCGAGCGAAUUAAGGUUCUUGUGGUUGUUUUCUCCAAGGACGCGUUCUAUCCCCCUGAAAAUCUUGUGAAUCAACUCCCUAAGAAAGACCUUGUGGUGGUUCCAGUGCUCUAUGGAGUCACGAUAUUAUCAGCGAGGCAGAUUGCGGUGCUCGAUCAGGUUUUACUGGACUCAUCAGCAGUAUUACCAGGUCACAUAUAUAAUGACGAAGGAAGUGAAUACAAAUUUAUGAAAGAGAUCGCCAGGGAUGUGUGUGAGAAGCUCUAUCCAACGGAAGAGAUCGGGAUCCACAGGCGGCAAGAGGAGAUAGAAAACUUGCUAUGCAAGCAACCAUGGGGCGUCCGCACUCUAGGUAUUUUUGGUAAGCCUGGUAUUGGCAAGACGACUUUGGCUAUAGCCCUCUUUCGCCAUAUGUCUGGUGGUUAUGAUGCUUCUUGCCUCAUCAAAGAUUUUGACACAAAAUAUAAUGAGAAGAGACUUACUGCUUUAGAUACUGACUACUUGAGUGAGACUCCAAUGGAGAAGUUUGACCUAAACUGUAUUGAUUCAAAGCCGAUCCUCCGCAAGAAAAGGGUUCUUAUUGCUCUGGAUGAUGUGCAAAAUGCUCCGGAUGCAAAGUCGUUUCUUGGUGGAUUUGACAAGUUUGGUCCAGGAAGCUUGAUCAUCAUAACCUCCCAAAAUAAACAAGUUCUAGAGGAGUGCCAGAUGAGUGAGUUUUAUAACCUUAAAGGUCUAAAUGAUGACGAAACUCUGGAGCUGUUCACAAGGUGUGCCUUUGGAAAUAUUGUCAUAGAAGAAAAUCUUAUGGAUCUUUCAAAGAAAGAGAUUCAGAGCAGCAAGAAAAUGGUGGAAAUGGUAUCGACAUUGCCUGAUGUUUGUGAAGUACUCAUUGCAGAAAACAAUUAUAUACGGUUGAUCCCAUAUGAAGAAUACAAUGAGGCCCAAGAAAAUAAGGAGUUCCAAUCUGAUAACGAUGGUGUAUUGGCCACUAGAGAUACAGAUCUCAUAACACUGACCACAUCAGACUUAUGCUCCAAGUCUUAUCCUCAGAAGAGCCUGAGAGCCAGACUUUACAACCGCUUCUCCAAGUCCAUACCUCGUAAUCUAAGGCUUUACCGAUUGGAUUAUAACUCCAUGAUCAGAUCUUUGUCUGAACACUUUCAAAAGCACCAUGUUCUAGUACAAGGAGUUUCUAGUCAACUUCAGAAACUUAGUCAAAGCUUUUCAAACUCACGGGACCACGAUUUGCUAGAGCAAAAUCUCCAACGUCUACUUACUCUCUCUGGUGGUUGCGACAGGAUUAAACGUGUUCUAGAUUUUCUAAGAAAAAUUAGAGAAUUGAAUCGUAAAGGGGAAGAGAACUGAAGAUUAAACUUGACCGAGAUUAUGCUAAUGGCAUGGGCCAAUAUAUAUCGUAUUAAACUCAAGUUGGAUAGAACUGGAAAGAAAAAAAACAUGUCCAUAAACUGUAUAUAUCCAAUUUCUUGAAAUCUUUGUCAAAUAAUUUGGAUUGCUAUAUAUCAAUAAGUUGUAUAACAUGUAAAAAUGACUUAUGUUUAAUAUCUGGAUAUAUGUUAAUUUGAACA